AUGGCACAAAUCAUCGGGGCCGACAGCCUGGUCGAUAUGGCCCGCCGCGCUUGUACUCGUUACAGCGCAAGGAUCACAGAUAUCGGCGAUUUGAGAUAUGAACUUAUCAGACCGAUGCUAUUGAAAGUCGAAAGUCCGGAGAAAUUGUACCAACUCGAACAGAACUCCCCUCAAAUCAUUGGCAAAGACGCAGAGAUAUGGCUGGGUUUUAUAAAGCGCGACAUUCCCGACUGGCAAAGUAAACGCCAUGAACCGAAAGACCCCAAGAAUUGGUACAAGGUCUACCGCAAGUUGAAGAAGGAAGCGCACGAGGAAUCCAUCGCCGAUGAGGCCUUGCUGAAGGCAGCACUGACCAACAUCAAGAACGAGAAGGAGCAGAACAUCGCUCAGAUGACUACAAGAACCAUACUACCCCAUCAGCCCGCACGGCGAGCCAGAAUUUAUCACAAUUACAUCAGUGGGAAAACGGGCAGCAAAGGUGCAAGCAAAAUGACGCUGAUGGAGAAGAUUCGGAAAGAGGCCAGAGACGCACAUGCCUCCAAGAUGAACAAACCCAUGCACGAGUUGAAGAAGCGAGCCACCACUGUUGCCAAACCGCCCAUGCAGUUUGUGGAAGAUCUCAAGAAGCGGCCUACGCCAAAUCCCCAGACCUCUCCUCCACCCAAGGCACAAGCCCGGGCCCCUCGACCACCUUUACACGGACGCAAACCCAUUGAGCGGCCGGCUAGUGCUCCUUACGAUCUUACGGUUGAUCGAGAAGCAAGGCUGCGGGCACUCAAAAAUGGUGCGCCGAAACUAGGGGGGAACGAAAGGGAAGCAGCAGGUGCAGAUUUAACAGCCGAUUUUCUCGAAGAUUCUGACGACGCAGAGCCUCAGGCGCCGAAGGCCUCAUCCAGUUUACUGGGGGUACUCAAUGACCUCGAGAGACCUCGAUCGUCCAGUCCCAUGAGAGUGGCACCCCUGUCAAACACAUUGAAGAGGAAGCAACCGCCAUCACUCUUUGUUGCAUCAUCUAAGAAGGUUGCAAGACCGCCCGGUAUAUCUUAG